AUGACCGCCCCGUCUUUGCCGCCAACCGCGGCGUCGGCUGUCGCACGAGGCCUUCGCACGAGGAGCGAUGGACGCCGACAGCCAUCCCGGAGUUUCGCGGCUCAAAGUGUGAGACGACAGCGCGUAUCUCCACCCGGAGCUGGAGCGUCUGCCGCGCCUUCUGCCUUCCCCUUCUCCGUGUCAAAUGCCUCGCCCUCGUCUUUUCAACCGCCUCCGUUGGCUACACCGGCGCCCGGCCUCGGGCCAAGGCCGCCAGGAGUCGUCUUGCAUGGAGGACCGCCUGAGAGCGCGCGACCCGCGCUUUCCUUCCUUCCGCCUCCACGGCUCGCAUCGUCUCCAAAUUCUCUCCUUGCUGUUUCACCCUCGAUAGCUCGGCCAGUCAAUUCUGUCUCUCCUUCUGUUCCGCGUCCCGGCUCUGUGUCUCGUCUGCCCUCGUCCUUCGGUCCUUCCACUUCGUCUCCGGCGAAUCCGUUCCCUCCUGGUGAGCCUCGCUCUGCGGCCGCUGCUGUGGCGUCUUCUCCGUUUCUCGCGCCUCUCCUCCAUGCGGAGGCGGGGCCGAGGCGUGGAUCUCAAGGGCCUUUUCCUGCGGUGGCGAGCAGGGCGAAACCGAGCGCAGGUUCGCAGGCUUCGGGCCUUCGUGCGUUUCCAUCGGCGCCUUUCACCCUCGGAUCGGCCACCGCCUGGCCGCCGAGCAAGAGCGCAGCAGACUCGAGACGGAGGCUGGGACCUGAACUGACCUCGGCAACCUUCACCUUCGAGGAGUCGCUCUUCUUCACUCUCCUGCAACUGGUCGAGUCGGUCGCGGCCCCGAGCCCAACUAGCGACAAGGCGCGGCGCCGCGACUCUGGGCCUCAGGCCUCAUCCGACCGUGUUCGGAGGCCAGGCGAGAGCCCCCCUGACGCCGCCCAAGCCACGGAUGCUCUCGGUCUUCUCCGAACGAAACGCACCCUCCUCCUGCAACUCUAUGCCAUUAUUUAUGGACAGCCUCAAUCGUCGCGAUCUUCGUCAGCUGCUUCGCUUUCGUCCGUUUUUGUUCGUCCGAGCUCUGCACAGGCGUCGCAGCUCGCGCGCGGGCCUCUCUCACCUGCUACGUUGGCCUCCAUUUUGCCGGAUUUUCGGCGCCUCCCGAGCUCUGGGAAAACUCAGAAACACUUGAUCGCCUUGACGGAAAGGUACAAACAUGUCAAAGACCUCGGCCAAGAACUCAGGCGCGACAACUCCCUCACACCUCGCGUUUGGCUGUCGCUCUUCUACACCCUUCAAGGAAUGGGCCCGAAGGACUCUUACGAGCCGCUCUUCAUGUUCUUUCUGAGGUCGCUGCUGCCCAGCUUUCCCCACGUUUUUGACGCUCCGAGUGUCUCAGCCUCCUCGGGAGUUGAACGGCCUGACAGAGGCGGCGCAGCCGAGAACGCAGCUGCGUACAAGGCGGAGGAGGACAAAGCCAUCGACAAAACUGCCGUUGACUUCGAUCCUUUGUUCUUCCGGAUCGACCCCGAAUCCUUUCUCCCCCUCGUUGAUGCGCUAGCUCGAGCGCGCUUGCCGUACGCAUCUCUCUUUUGUUUGCAAGGGGCGUUGUCUCUUUGGGGUACGCGUCUCGUGAAAAACGAAGCGGACAUGCAGCUAGCUCUGCGCAUUCUCCGAGGGAUUGCCCUGAGCGUAGCUGACCAGAUCAAAAUCCCUGCCCAGGCUUCAUCCCGACCUGGAAAACUCUGCUCUUCUUCGACUUUGUCGUCUGCCGUCGCUGUGUCACCUCCUGAGUCUUCGUUCACUGCCCCUUCUCUCACCUCGCCUGCCUCUCCACCCUCUGCUUCUUCUACCUCUGCUUCUUCGUCGGGGGCGAGUGCACCGGUUUCAUCCACUUCUCGUUCACCGCGGACAAUCGAUGAGCCUCUCACAGAGGAAGGCUUUGCGCGUGCGAGCUAUGCCGUUGUCGCGGCUUGGCAGGAGUUGUGGCUGAUAUAUCAGCGUCUUCCUGACGUCCAUCCUUCCAGAAAAAUCUCCUUCUUUCUUCAGGCGCUUCCGUGGGCGGCGGCGAUGCAGCGGACAUGCGACGAGGUCUAUGCGAACAUGCCGACGGACGUCGGGAACCUCGCAGCUCUGGCCUACAGCGCCCGCAUGCGCCAGACGUAUUUAUUCCGGCUGCUUCAAGAGUUGCAGGAAGCAGAGAAGAGAGGCGAGAGCCCGGUGCACACUGGAGACUUGAGCCGAGCGGUCGUUUCUGCGGCGAAUACGAGCAGUAACGAAGGUGUGGCCUCGCUGUCUCCAUCAGUCUACCCCGCUGCGCUCUAUGUUUCUCUGCCGUCCCUCGGCAAGGCCCAGAGCUCCCCUCUCUCCACGGCCUCCCAGUCUGUGCCCUGCGAUUCGCCUGGAGUCGUUUUGUCUCCCGUCAAGGCUCAGCCGUCUCCUUGGCAGGCGCGGGUCUUGGGCGCCGCUCCGCUGCUGUCGCCCCACGGUUUGGGCGACGAGAGGGAGGGCGACUGGGCGCGCGUCGCGAAGGGCCUCUGGGAAGGCAAGGGCCUCUUUGGAGACGGCGUCGAGUUUCUCCAGGCCUCCCACGAGCUUCUCUCCGACUGGUCCUUUCUCUGGGCGAUGCCCGGAGAGGCCGAACCAGUGUGGCUCAAGCUCGCGGCGUUUUCCUCGCUCGUGCGCGUCGGAGUGUGUCCUCGCCCUCCGUCUACGAAAGAGACACUGGACGCGAGACAGGAGCAAAGCUGGGGUCCGGAAGAAGAAGGAGAGUUGUCUUGUUCCAACAAGCUCCCGAAAGCAGAGUCGAACAGAGCCGACAGACCUGCUCUUCUUCGCUCUUGGGAGGCGCGCAUGCAGACCGAGUUGGAAGCCGGACUCGCCAAGCGCGCCGGGCUCUCUACCUGCCACGGGGGAAGCCAGGGGAAACCUGCGGGGCCUCUCUCUGCCUCCGCGUCACCGUCUGGGGGACAGGUGGAGACAGAAGGGGAGCUGAAGAAGGUGGAAGAAGACCCCGACAGUGCAGAGUGGCUGUCUCUACCUCGAGCUCUUGUCGCUCUUGAACACCUGUAUUGCCGAGCUGCACACGAAUUCUGUCGGGCGCCGCAGCAUGCAAUCGACCAGUUCGUUCGCACUCGCCCUAGGGACUUCAUUAUGCUCAUGUUGGUGUCGUCUUUCCCCUCGCCAAGCCGCCGCGUUCACACGCCUCUUCCAGCAGUGCUGUCUGCCUCUACCUCGGCUUCGUCGAAGCUUUCCCUGUCUUCGCUCCUCCUGUCGCCCUCGAGCGUCAGUACACCGCAGCGUCUCGCGUCUUCGUGUUUCCUGCCUUGCCGCCACCCUGUGGCGCCGCCACUUUUCUUCCAGUUCCAAAACCUCAUUCCUCGUCUUCCGCCGUUCCGGCAAGAUGAACGCGACGAUCGCGGCGUCCACGUGGCGGCCCUGACUCUCCUCGCCGUUCGCUGGCGGUGGGUGUGUACAUGGGCAUCGGACGGGAGCACAUCCGCAGCAGGAGGCCUGAAUCGCGUCCUGCCUCUGUCGCGUUUCGAGCACUUCAUGAAGGCAGUCAGCGUGCUCUACUCGGAGGCGCUCUACACUGCCCGUCUCUUGCUGCCUCACCAGCAAGAGCGAUAUCUUCUCCUGCAGCAGCUUCUGCGCCACCUCGGAUACACUCCACACAAUCGCAUCGGUAUUCACCAGCUAGCCACCCAAGGCGGGCCUCGAGCUGCAGCGAAUGUCGUCUGUAUGCUAGCGGCAACGCGCGAGAUGCAUGCAGCGACAGGGUUGCGUCACACGCUGUUCGAGGUGCUCUCGUCGUUGUUGUCCAACCUGUUCUGCAAGGGGAUUUUCUUCUGGCCCUCGCGAUCCCCCGGUCCGCCUUUCGUGCCUUAUCCCCUUGACGCUUGCUCGCACGCUCCCGCCACCAAGCCUCUACUUCACCUGCCUUCGACGUCUUCUGCCUCUGCUUCUCCAUCUUGUUCGCCUCGUCCCGAGCGAGGGAUAGAGUUAGUUUUCGCGCCCAGCCCCGUCACACUGCUGCCGUAUCUCCAUUUGGUGGCGCUCGACACAUCUCAAGCCCGAUCUGUGAAUCCUCGUGUGUCUUACCUGCGCCGCACCAUUCGCUUGUAUCAGGUGCUGUUUGAGGCAUGUCUCCGCACCCCGGGGGCCGAGGGAAUGGGGCCACAACAGCUUAUUUCCCAAUUUGCGACUUCUCAAGCUGGAGCGGCAAGUCGUCGCGGUGGAAGUGAAGUCGCGUCUUUCAAGGCUCCGGACUAUGGUCGUGAACACAGCCCAAACACUCCUCUCGCGUCUCCGUGUUCGCCGUUGCCUUCUUCCCCGACCCCUUCGCCCUCGCGCCCAUCUGGCGAAACCAAAGAGGCAACAACAUCGUCUGCAUUGUCCGGAGAACAGAGAGAGCAUUCCAGGCUGGUCAAAAGCGCGGCCCACCGAGAAGAUUCAAACAAGAAACGUGAGACAGAGGCAGAGGUCACGCUGUACGGUUUGACAGAGGCAUCGGUUCAUCGUUCUUGGGCGGUGCCCUUGGCCCUGAACGCGAACGUCGAGUGCGCCUUCCACCUGCCCCUGCUUUUACCGCAUCUCUUGAACAUUUGGAAGGAAAAACUCGAUGCACGACGCUACAGCGCUCUCCGGAGUUUGUUGUUCCGGUCCACUCCACAGCAGGCAGAAGCUGCUGUCAAAACUGAGGGAGAAACGCGGCAAACACGAGGCAACGCCACCCAUGUGGAGCGCAACGUUGAGGACGCUACAGCGGGGACGGAAGCCCGCGAAGAGACGACCCGCGAGUCGGCUUCAGGCUCCCCAGGAUCGAAGCCUGUCUCCCCCGAGCUCGCUGUCUCCACUCUGGUUCUGUUCCUCUGUCGAGCGGCGAGGAUUCCAUUGCCAACUUCUCUGAUAAAGCAAGAAGGGCGCCCGGCGGGGCAGCAGCCCCACGGACAAACAACGGAGACAGAAAGGACGACCACGGGGACGCCGGCGAGGGGAGACGACGAACAGGCGGGAGCCGAAGCAAAAGAAGUCAGAGGGACGAGAUUGAAAGAUGGAGAGCAAGAAAUCAAAGUCGCUGAGGAGUCAAGUGGAGAGGGAAGCGGAGGAAAGAAUGGACUAUGGGUCACGAACACUGAACAACAGGAAGAAGUCCUAAUCGUGAAUGGAACAGGGCAAACGGGCGAUGCGGCGCAGGCAGCAAAGAAAGGAAUGGAGGACUCAGAAUUCGUUUUGGACGACGAAGCGGCAGACCUAGCUCUUUCUUCUCUCAGAUUCGACGACGACGGGAAUCUCGUCAUUCCGGCGGAGGAGAAAAGCGAAGGGGUUGCGAAGCCGACAGAGCAGGAGCAACACGAGACCGCCGAAACAACGAUGGAAGGAGACACACGAGCUCAGGAUAGUCUCCAUUCCCAACAGGAGAUUUUAUCUGCAUCAUCUCACGGACUGCAGCGAGCUGAAGAAACAGAAGGAAUGCAGGAGUACGAGGCGGAGCCUGGGACGACCCUGGAUUCGUCUCGAUUUGCUGAGCCGCUGCGGCACCUCACCCUUACGACAUUGGCGACAGGAAUGACUGUGGUUGAUGAAGAGCUUCAGUGUGUGAACGAGGUGAUUCACCGUCUCAGUGCCAAGUUUGGGUCCUCCAUUUCUUCCCCGGCGACGGCAGAGACGAUCGAUAAGGACCCGUUUUUGUCCGCGUGCUUCCAUCCCUUCCCCUCCAUAACUGCUUACCAAGCAGCACUUUCUUCGCUCUAUGACGUUUUCGACCUCCUCUUUGUGGAGAAACUGUCCUCUGCCUCGGUCCCCGAGCUUCAGCUUCUCGCGCUGAACACUCGGCGCGUGAUCAAACUGCCGCAUUAUCUUCCUUUCCCCUCACGAGAAGAUGAUCGGAAUGUUUCGGGUGCCACUGGAGCCUCUGGUCUUCCUGGAGGCGAGGAGAUUACAAGCGGCUUUGCCACAACGCGAGGAGAGGCAGUGGGCGUAAGUGACGGAGGCGGAGAGAUUGAAGAGGCCGACGGGGCCAAGGAGACGCAGAGAGAGCCCGAGGACGAUGAAGAAGAAGAAGAAGGGGAACGAGGUGUCAGGAAGGCGACGAAGAAAUCCGAGGCGGAACGCGUUCACUCUGGUCGUUGGGAAGAGGCGAUGAAAGACAGAAGAGAAUUCUUCUAUGGUUCUCUCAUGCAAGCGCUCGUGCUGCGCCUAACGAAACUCAACUCAACCCUGCGUAGGCCUGAGCUCGGUCACGCGAGCGGUGGGGAGGAUUCGGUGGCGACAGGGGGAGAGGUAGCGAUGCGAACGCAGGGCGAGAGGCCUGGUGACAAUCAAGUAUUGAUGAAAUCUCGGGCGGAGGCCGUGUCACUCUUCGAGCUUCUUCUCCACAUGCUUGCGGGUUCGCCUCUCCCUGUUCAGCGCGAGUUGUUGUUCCUUCUCCUGCAACGGUCAGACGCCAACACCGAACACGAACACCUCGAAGAAGGAAGGACAGGGGUGCAGGAAUCGGCUUCUUUCGAUGAUGUAACUUUUUCUCACAUCGGUGGAUCUGCGCCAGAAACAGGUGAAGAGAGCAGCGGUUUCUCCGACGAAAUGAAGGAGAGGCAAAACUUGCUUCUCCACCUUUCAAAGCCGUUUGAGCUGCUCUGCGACGCAGUGCCCUCGAUGUCGGAAUGUCAACUCUACCGCUUCGUUCUCGCAGUUGCCCGUCUAGAUCUCCUUGGAUGUCUCUUCCCCACAGCCGAAGAGAAGCGCAGGUCUGCUUUGGGGUAUCCCGCGGUUCCCAUGGCUGCUUCCGCGCUUGCCUCCCCUGUCUUCUGCGCUGCUCCUGUUGCGGCCGAGAGACAGAGACGCCUAGGUCCACUUUGCCCACCGGGUGCGCCCAGCGAACAGAGUGGUGAUGGGGAAGAAUCGCCGUAUACAAACGACGUUAGAAGUCGUGGAUCCGCUCCUGCGCUCACUGCGCCACCGGUGAAGCUUCAUCUCCUUCUUUCGCUGGAUAUGGAAGGAAAAGAAGGUAUCGGCGACGCCGUAGAAAGUGCGGUGCAGGGCGCGGAUCGGGGCAGCAGGGGGCUCCGAGAAGAGACUCGUAGGGAAACAUCUGGCAGAAAACAGGAGGCGGAAAGGACAGUGCAGCAGAGCAAGCGGAGAGAAGAAAGGCGACUUGCUGCGAUGCACUUGCAAAGGGCAGUCGAGGGAGCUCUCAGGUCGAAGCUCGCGUGCGGAUGGGCAACGCUUUCCUUCUCGGAAGCGACAGGUCUUCUGUGGGCGUUGACUGUCAUGCCGGAACCUAAAAUGGAUCUACUCGUCCUUCUUUUCGACAGGAUUGAAUCGUUUUUCAACGUGGUAUUGGAAGAACAACGAAUUAUCGAGCAGCCCGCGGACCUCCCUAACCAUAUCCCUUUCCUCACCUCGGGGCCGAUCUAUCGAUUUCUGGCCACACAUACACCGGUUGAUUCGACACGACUAAGAACAGCGUGUGUCUCUCUUCUGCAUGAGGGGGAUGCCUCUGUCGUGUCGUCUCUGCAAGCUCGAUUCCCUCUCUGUUGGGUCGCUCUGGAGGUGCUGUCGUCGACCCGCUUCCACCAGGAAAGAAGCAUUUUUUCGGACACCUUUGCGACGUCACAUUCUGGGAGAACUCCAGAUGAAGGAGAACAUGGAAGUGAUUCAGAAGACGAAAUCGACGGGCAGGGAAGAAAGACGACCCAGUGCGCGACCUCUGCUGUUUCACCCCUUGCGCAGUCUGUCAUUCGCAUGACACAAAUGAAGCACGGCCUCUCGCUCCUAUGGGCAACAGAUUUCCAGAUUCCAGGACUUCCCUUUCACUUCGAUUUGGCUCUUCCGAAACAGCGUAUCGUCUUCCUCCUCGGGUCUCACUGUGCAUCGAUGCCUCUCACUGAUGACACAGAUGCGUUUGAUCCUCUAUCGUGUAUAAGCGGACUCGAGCCUGAUCUCGUUUCUGCCGUCCCAACGCUUCCUCUUGUCGUUCAGCGGCGGGAGACGAAUGCAGACGGAAUAACUGGAGGGAAAGGAGACGCUUCCGGCAAAACCAGGGAUUUUAACUGGGAACUGUCAGAAUGUGUCGUGGGAUCACCGCGAUCAGGAAUGAACGAAAUUGGCGAACAGAAACAGAAGUUUAGGGAUGCUGGCUCCUGUGGGGGACGGCGCCUCAUUAGACGACUCACCGAAAAGGCAGGAUACAGGCUAAUCGAGGUCGAGGCGCCCGAUGCAGCCCAACUGGACGCUGCCUUGACCCGUAUCCUUCAAGUCGGUGACCACCUAUCAUGAGCGAACGUACGAUUUUUCACAUCACUGACCCCCAAGCAAAUGGACGGCGGGUUUAUGGAUGCUUCCUCGCAUCAAUUGGGUACACCUGUAUGAGCAGUUUUCCAGGAAAUGCUUGCGCGCACCAACAGUUAAUGAUCCUCUGGCACGUUUUAUAAUGAAGUCUGUCUCAUGCUAGAGUCUCAAGGUGCAGGGAAUAACUUCUACAGGUAUAGCGGCGUGUGUCUAUGUGUAACUAUGCUUCGUAUAUUUGCAACUCAUAUAUAUACUCACGUGUAUGCAGACAUUUUACACGGGUGCACACUCGUGUGUUUCAGAUUGUUUUAGGCAGUUUAAGCUCUGUCCAGUGAUUUGUUAGAUGGCUGGUUUUUCGAAAUGACCCACAAACCUCGCUAAAAGCACCUCCGUGAAGUCGCCUGUGUGGCGAGAAAUUUCCGUUCAGCAUCAUCCUGAAACUCCGCGAUGUUCCAGAAAUU